AUGUCGCAGACAUCUCCUCUUAGUGAGCAAGCGGAUAGUAGUCUGAAGUAUGACUAUUCAAAUGUGCCUGCCCAGGCCUUAGAUGCGAUUCGAAUGCGCUUGGCACAACUGACACAUUCGCUUUCCAAGAUCCGAGAUGAUAUGUCCAAGGCAGACUUGCCACAGUGGUAUUCGUUACAGGCGCAGCUUAGCGUUACGCUAACGCAGUUAUCGUCACUCACCUCCACGCUGCAGCAUUUCGAAGACACCUUGGAGUGCACUGUUCCAUAUCCGCUACCAAGCUUUCCGACUACCGCGCACGAGGGCCUUCUAACGACGUUAAUGCGCAAAAAGCAGAUACCCGAAGUCGAGAAUUGGAUUAAAGAUGCAAUCGAUCACAGCGGGCUGGAUCUUGAGGGGAGGAAUUGGGAUGAGAUCGAAAGUGCCAUCCAAAGGGAUAAGUCUACAACGGCCAGGGCACUGGACUUUAUCAAUCAGGAAUACAGUAAUUACUCAUUCCAAGGUCUCUAUACGGCAGAAGAACUCUCCAAGAACGUUGGAGAUCCGCAGUCGAUGAUCUACAGAUCUGCUACCUCCAAUGCCAAGCCGAAAGCGCCCUUCUCGGUGGACAGUAUAUUAACAUUCAUGUACCAAGGGACUAUGAAAACAGAGGAGACAUCUAUUGCGAAAUAG